CAAUGCUGGCACUUCUGGUUCUAGUUUGGUUCAGUGAGCAUCCAGAGCCCACAUUCACAUUACAACUAUGGCUGACCUCUCAUCCAAGGAUGUUGAAAAGGCGGAAUUUGCUUUUUCAAUCUACGAUGCCGACGGUACUAAUGUUAUCGAUGCUGUCGAUCUCGGUAAUGUACUUCGUGCCUUGAACACAAAUCCAACUAAUGCUACAAUCGAAAAGCUUGGCGGUACAAAAAAAAGGGGAGAAAAAACAAUGGCCCUAGAAGAAUUUCUUCCUAUUUUCAGUCAAGUGAAGAAGGACAAAGAACAGGGUUGCUACGAAGAUUUUGUAGAGUGUUUGAAAUUAUACGAUAAAGCAGAAAAUGGAACAAUGCUUGCAGUUGAAUUGUCACACACCCUCCUGACCCUCGGCGAACGUCUUACUGAUCAAGAAUGUGAGAUCGUUCUAAAAGAUUGUCUGGAUCCUGAAGAUGAAGAUGGAUUCAUUCCAUACACUCCUUUCGUCAAGAAGUUGAUGUCGUAAUUAUAAUCAAUGGAAAAAAUUAACAACCCGUUCCUUAAACGUUUAUGUGAGAGAGCUAGUGGAGAAGAGUAAAUAGAACAACUAUGAAAAAUAUACUGAGAUCAAUUGCAACGUACAUCUUUAAGAUAACCAUUCUUCAUAUUCACGCAUACAGAAUAUAUA